AUGGCGGUCAACUUCAUAAAUGGAUGCGCAACCCCGUCGCCCUUUUGUAACGAAGCCUCUUCGUCUCUCCACAAGCUCAAGCAAACGAGGACUCAACGGUACCUUCCAUCGUCGAAAGCUAUGCAUUUCCUCCUCCUCGGCGCGACCGGACGGACCGGCCAGCACGUCGUAUCCGAAUUACUCUCUCAAGGUCAUACAGCGGUAGCCCUCGUACGUACCUCUGGCAGCCUCAUCGCCCGUCCUGGCCUCACCGUCGUCAUUGGCUCGCCACUAUCGAAAUCCGACCUGAAAAGCGCCCUCUACGCGGCGCCUUCUCUCACACCUUCUGCAGCGAUCAUCACAUUGAACACAGUCCGCAAGUCCGACAGCCCGUUCGCGCCUCAGGUCUCACCUCCUCGCUUCCUGGCCGACUCGUGCGCCAAUGUUUGCGAGGUCCUGGGCCAUGCCGCCAUUUAUCGCAUUGUAGUGAUGUCGACAGCAGGUGUCGGGGAUUCAUGGGCUGAACUACCGUGGCUGAGCAAGGCAUUCAUGGCGUGGACCAACAUCAAGUACGCGCUCGAGGAUCACGGCCUCGUCGACAAGGAGAUUCGGCUGACGAAGAUGGAUUGGACUCUUGUGAGGGCUUCGAGGCUGCGAUUCGACGAUCCGAUGCAGACGCCGACCGACAUGAAGACGGACGUGCAAACGCUGGGCAGCAAGGGUGAUGGGAUGCGCAUGACCGACAGCGUAAGUGUUGCUAGUGUGGCGAGAUUCCUGGUCAAGGUUGCGGUCGACGGACUCUUCAUCAAAAGCGCAGUGGUUGUGAGGGAUUGA